AUGGAGUCUGAUCAAGAGGAUGAGGUUCCUAACGUUAAUUUUAUACCAAGUUUACUGUUUGUGAAACGCGGCGUCUCUAAAGCCAAUCCUGACAAGGUAACACUAUCUCCGGAAGAGCUGGCCCGUAUAAUAAACGAAACGAGAGAAGAUUUAGAAGAGGAGGAUUCGGAUAUAAACACGUCUGAUGAUGAGGAAAACGAGGAAAGCCACGAAGCGAUGCAACAACGUGCGGCACGUCUUGCGACCAAAAAUGUGGCCAGUACGAACAAUGAAACCGAUGAGUACAAUCUUGCAGCAUACGAGCAGGAAUCUGGUAGCACUAGCGGUUUGCAUUUGAGUACCGUGGCCAUCGUUGACCCUGCGGAAAACAUUCAAGACGAAGAUGAUUCUGAUGCGGAAGACGAGAUCAUCAAGCCAUCCGACAACCUGAUCCUUGUUGGCCACGUACAGAACGAUAGUGCAUCGAUGGAAGUUUACAUCCACAACGAGGAAGAAGGUAGCCUGUACGUUCAUCACGAUUUUCUGCUGCCAAGUCCUCCACUAUGUAUCGAAUGGUUGAGCUUCGAUCCGGGGAGCGAUCAGGCGGGCAAUAUGUGCGCCAUCGGGUGUAUGGACCCUGUCAUAACGUUGUGGGAUCUUGACAUUCAAGACUCACUAGAACCCGUGUGCAAGCUCGGUACAAAGGGCAACCGUAAAAAGAACAUUCCGAAGCUGGGACACACCGAUGCUGUGCUCGACAUAUCAUGGAACCGUCAUCUUCAGCACAUUUUGGCUAGUGGAUCCGUCGACCAAACGGUCAUAUUGUGGGAUUUGGAAGAAGGCACACCACACACCACGAUCCGAGACUUUGAGGAGAAGGUGCAAACGCUAGUCUUUCAUCCAAAACGUGCCGAAGCGUUGCUUGCCGGAAGUUGCGACGGUAAAGUGAAGGUGUUUGAUUGUCGCUCAACUAAUGACACCGAAAGCAGCUUUAAAACAUGGGAACUGGGAGGCGAAGUAGAGCGCGUUUGUUGGGAUCCUUUUAAUGAUCAUUGCUUCGCGGCAAGCACCAACGAUGGAAGGAUGCAUUACGUUGAUUCGCGCCAGGACGGGCAUACGCUGUGGACGAAGCAGGUGCAUGAGAAGGAAAUUACCGGCUUGGUAUUGAGCGCGAGCGUCAAGGGCAUGCUGUCGACGGCUUCUGGUGACGGUUCGCUCAAAGUGUGGGACAUUGAUGCGGAUGAUGCUCGUUUGGUCUACAAGAAGAAUCCGAAAAUUGGAGUCAUCCAGUGUUUGGACGAGUGCCCGGAUAACCCGUUUACGUUGGCGAUGGGCGGUGAUUUAAAGUCUAAAAACUUUUCGGUCGUCAACCUGCUGGACAACGAUGUGGUAUCGAAUGUGUUCAAGGCCAGGUACGUGAAAACUGGAGCUAGUAACUCUAACGUAGAGCCACUCCAUGAAGCAAUGGAGGAUGCCUCGAUUGAUGAUGCUGCUGACGAAGGUACAUAGUGGAAUUUUUCUUCCACCGGCAAGAAGUCUUCGUCUUCUGGUAUGUGAAAACGAUAUUGAAUAAAUAUUCUGUCACAAUACAUACUUUUUAAGCAAUUUUGAUUGAAAUGAAUGAAAUUCUUGUUCUUUGAC